AUGUUAACACAAGAACAAAUUGACCGUCUAUAUGGUUUCCUUGUCCUGCAACAACUGCUGACACUUGAUGAAUGUCAAAAGUUGAAAAUAGCAGUCGGUCAAUUGAUCGAUAAUUGGGAACCAGAUCCAGUAUAUUCGUGGAUAUUUCUAAAUGAUAAAGAUAAACAACAAGCCAGAGCACAACUAAUGGUCCCUAUUAAAGAUGAGCUUUCAUCUGGUAUCGAAGAAGAGGCCAUUGAUCCUCAAACAGGCAUUAUGUAA